AUGAAUUAUAGCGCCAUACUACUGAGCUCUGAUGAAGGGCUAUUCAAACAAGAUGAAAGUAUAAAUCAAUUUGUGGUGAAGGCUUUGAACUUCUUAAUUAGAAAUGUUUUUGAAAGCCUGACCUCAACAUAUGCAGUGUUCAUAUCCUCGCGAGAUGAGCCAACCUUGCGUUGGAUGAAUCACAUAAUGGUGGAAUUGUUUAGUCUUACCACAGCGAUGACCGUACAAAUUGUUCAAAUAAAUGUCAAGCGAAAGAUGGCUCUGGAAAUGCAUGGAAGGAAACAAUGCAACAUUCUCUUGGUGGAUUCAUAUCAAGCUUUGUUGGACAUUGGCCUGGCAUCGAGCAACGCUUUUGUUGAUGAUCUUGAAUACUAUCUAAUAUUUCUACAAGCUCGCGACAACGAAAUACCCAGAGAGAUGAAGCUGAUCUUGCAACACUGCUUAGAUAACUAUUGGUUACACUGCAAUGUUAUGAUACAAACGGCCAAGGGGGAAAUAUUGAUGUACACCUAUUUCCCAUACACUGCGGACCAUUGUUAUAAAGCUAAACCCAAGCUAAUUGAUUUCUUUGAUGGUGAACGAUUUAAAAACCCUCCCUUCCUUCCGGAUAAGUUGUACAAUUUACACAAGUGUCCGUUGUCCGUCAAUACAUGGUCCCAGCUACCUUAUGUUGCAAUUGAAAAUUUACCAAACGGUACUCUACACUAUUCCGGCAUGGAUAUACAAUUAUUGAAGGCCUUGAGUGACAAAAUGAAUUUUACUUUAAAGGUUAAAUAUAGAGAUGUUGAGAAACUAAUAUCUGCGAUAAGCGAACGUAAAGUCAACAUGACCGUAUCGUACACUAGACGUGCAUUGACACUAGAUCGAAUUGUCUCAAGUACCGUUACAACUUUUCAUACCACCCUUGUGGCUGUUGUCAUUCGAAAUCCUUAUCCGUUGUCAUCUAUGAAGACUCUGGUAUUUCCUUACAAGGCUAACGUAUGGAUAUGCCUGCUAUGCUGUCUACUCGUAAUGAUAUGCAUUAAUCAGAUGCGACGUCAAACAAAUCCCAUGACGAAUUUGCAAUUUCUUGAAAUAUUAUUGGGCCUUAGUACAUCCUACAGACCACAAUUUAAAUGGCAAUCCCUAUCAGUUUUAACCUGGUUAUGGAGUUCACUGUUAUUACGUUCCCUCUAUCAAUCAAUGUUAUAUUAUUUAUAUAAUUUCGAUAUAUUCGAAAAUCUACCUCAAUCUCUGGAUGCACUGGCACAGCAGGGAUUUACAUUGAUAUGCAGUCGCAAUACAAUGAGAUAUUUGGAGAAAAUACAACAGGUUGAGGAGAAUCUUUUGCCAGUAAUAGUAAUGAAUACAUCUAACGAAAUGCAUACAUUGACCUAUUUGGAUAAUUGUUCGAAGGGCAACUAUGCUGCCAUUGUGGAUAAGGAAAUUGCUAAAUAUUUCCUUAACAAUAUGGAAUCUAAAAAUAGUUUGGAAAUUUUACCAUUUACCGUUAACAAUAUUCAAACUAUCAUUUAUUUACCCAAACACUCAUUUCUCAUUGAAACCAUAAAUGAUUAUAUUUUACGUUUCUUUGCAUCGGGUUUCCAGUUGGCGUGGAAGAUACAUUACACUGGUGUGGAUCAUCCCAAUAACGACGAGUCUCAACGCACUAUUUCCGAAAUGUCCUUUAUGCAUGUUAUCAGUGUGCUGGAAAUGACUUCAAUUUUAUAUUUUGUAUCAUUUGUUAUAUUUCUGCUGGAAUUGUAUUCAAGAAAAUCUAAAUUCGUACAAAAUGUAUUCGACAAAUUACUUUGA